GGACUGGUGCUAGGGGCCCGCCCCAGUCGCCGAAGGAGGACCGCCAGGGGGUGUGGCACCAACCGAAAAUGAAGAAAGGUUCCCAGGCUCCUGGGGAUCCUGCUUCUGGCUUCGGCAGAAGCAGCCGCGGUGACACUCGAAGUGAAAGCGAAAGAGGAGGAGGCCAACGGCUGGAGAGAAAGCGACAGGCCAGAAAGUGUGGUUCGGAGAGCCCCCUCUUCUCCAGCCGGGACGCGCCCGCCGGAGCAGUGGGGAAGGGCGGCGGGGCGGGGCGGGAGGGGUGGCAGCGCAGCCCCCAUGGGCGCGGGGCAGGGCUGGUGCCUGCUGCUCUGCCUGGCCCUGUCCCGCGUGGCGGCAGACCCAGAAGAAAGGCAGUGGCGGAAGGUGGAUGUGGUCCUAGACUGCUUCCUGGUGGAGGAAGACAGGCACCCUGGAAGUCUUGCCGGCAGUAGGACCACGGUGGAGGCCUUGCUCGUGCUGAGGCAGGUACCAGUGCUGGAUGACGGCUCCCUGGAAGCCUUCACUGAUUUCCAAGGGGGCACACUGGCCAAAGACAACCCACCUGUUACCUUCGAGGCCUCAGUGAACUUGGUACAGAUUCCUCAAGCCGAGGCCUUACUCCAUGCUGACUGCAACGGGAAGGAGGUGUCCUGUGAGAUCUCCCACUAUUUCCUCCAGGCCACUAAGAAAGCUUCGUUCAUCGCCAACGUGCAGGUACCCGGAGGGGGACCUAGUGUCUCCAUGGUGAUGAAGGUUCUCAGGGAUGCUGAGAAUGGGGCUGUCUUGCACCCCACACUGAAGCUGCCCCUGAGCCCCCAGGGGAUGGUGCAGACUGCAGUGGAGCUCCAAGUGACAACACAGACCCCAUUGCUGAAUUUCCUGCUGGGGUCCUCAGCCUCCCUGCACUGUGGCUUCUCCGUGGCCCCGGGCUUAGACCUGACUGGCGUGGAGUGGCGGCUGCAACAUAAGGGCCAAGGCCAGCUGGUGUACAGCUGGACCACGGGGCAGCGGCAGGCCAAGCGGGAGAGUGCCUCCCUGGAGUCAGAGCAGCCUCCUGGCCGGGAUGCCUCCCUCACCCUGCCUAGCCUCACCCUGAAGGACGAGGGGACCUACAUUUGCCAGAUCACCACCUCUCUGUACCAAGCCCAACAGAUCGUCCAGCUCCACGUCCAAGCUUCCCCCAAAGUACAACUAAGCUUGACAAACAAAGCGCUGCCACCCACCCUCAUCUGCAACAUCGCUGGCUAUUAUCCUCUGGACGUGACUGUGACGUGGAUCCGAGAAGAGCCAGGUGGAGCCCCAGUCCCCGUCUCUGGGGCCUCCUUCUCCAGCCUCCGACAAAGCACAGCGGGCACCUACAGCGUCUCCUCCUUCUUGAAGGCAGAACCUGGCCCUGAAGGCACCACUUACACCUGCCAGGUCUCCCACAUCUCCCUGGAGGAGCCCCUUAGGUCCACCGCCUGGGUUGCCCCACCAGAGCAGAAAACGGCCUUUGGAGUCCUCUUGGCCAGCAGCCUCUUCCUUCUUACACUGUUGUUCCUGGGGCUCCAGAGAUGGCCAGCUCCCUCACCGAGGUCUGCCAAGACGCUGAGGCCCUCUCGGUAACCACUCUCCUGCCUCAGUAAGAAGAAAGAGUAGUCACAUUCUCCCAGAAGGACCCUAGCCAAGUGUCAGAAAUCAAAAAGGCCUGAAGAAAAGCAUGAGGAAGGCACAGGUCACAGGGGCUUGGGCUCUGGCUCUGUGCACGUCUCUGCCUUCCUUCAUUGUGUCCCUGGGCUGAACACCAAGGGAGAAAACGUGAAGAGGUGAGAGGGUGGUAGGAAGGCAGAAUGUCUGUGUGGAGGUUAAAAAUAAGCCUGUGGUAGGAAAAGAAAAUGGGAAGACAUUAAGAAAGGAGCAAGUGAGGGGCCGGGGCGGGGGGGGGGCAAAAUGGUGGGGGUUGGGCUAUCACAUGCAAACAUUUGAACUCUGUCCAAAUAAAAGCCCCUUGUGUCCUCAGAAA